UAGAACUGUUAAAACCAGGAGAGGACUCCUUACUUCUCUUCUUCUGAAAAUCAUCUUUGCUUUGACAUCUCUGUCCAGGAACAUCUCAUUUCCAGAGAGAGAGAGAAACAGACCCAGACCGGGAACAACUGGAUAGCUGGAUAUGAUGGUGCAUGGCCAGAAAGGAUUCAAGUUCCAGAACUGGGCAAAGACCUAUGGCUGCUCCCCGGAGAUGUACUUUCAGCCCACAUGUGUGGAGGAGGUCAGACAGGUGCUGGAUCUAGCCAGGAAGCAAAACAAACGUGUGAAGGCAGUUGGGGGAGGCCAUUCACCCUCAGAUAUCGCCUGCACUGAUGGCUUCAUGAUCCAUAUGGGAAAGAUGAACCGGAUUCUCAAGGUAGACAAGGAAAAGCGUCAAGUCACAGUGGAAGCAGGUAUCUUCCUGAUGGACUUGAAUGUGGAGCUGAGAAAAUAUGGCUUGGCACUCUCCAACUUGGGAGCUGUAUCAGAUGUUACUGCUGCUGGUGUGAUUGGGACAGGAACCCACAACACCGGGAUCAAGCAUGGCAUUUUGGCCACUCAGGUGGUAGCAUUAACUCUGAUGACAGCAGCAGGAACAAUAAUGGAGUGCUCAGAAACCAGCAACGCGGAGUUAUUCAAGGCUUCCCAGGUGCACCUUGGCUCUCUGGGCAUCAUCCUCACCAUCACCAUCCAGUGUGUACCCCAGUUCCAUUUGCGAGAGAUCUCCUUUCCUUCCACCCUUAAAGAGGUUCUUGACAAUUUAGACAGCCAUCUCAAGAAAUCCGAAUAUUUCCGAUUCCUUUGGUUUCCACACAGUGAUAAUGUCAGUGUUAUCUACCAAGACCACACAAACAAGCCACCCAUCUCAGCUGCCAACUGGUUUUGGAAUUAUGCCAUUGGAUUCUACCUGCUGGAGUUCCUGCUCUGGAUCAGCACUUUCCUGCCCUUCCUCGUGCACUGGAUCAAUCGCUUUUUCUUCUGGCUCCUAUAUACCAGCAAGAUGGAGAACAGGAAUAUCAGCUAUAAGAUCCUCAACUACGAGUGUCGCUUCAAGCAGCACGUCCAGGACUGGGCCAUUCCCAUUGAAAAGACAGCAGAGGCCUUGUUAGAGCUGAAGACCAUGCUGGAAAGUCAUCCCAAUGUGGUGGCCCAUUUCCCUGUGGAAGUGCGAUUUGUGAAGGGAGAUAACAUCCUACUUAGUCCAUGUUUCCAGAGGAACAGCUGCUACGUGAACAUCAUCAUGUACAGGCCCUAUGGAAAGGACGUUCCCCGCCUAGACUACUGGCUGGCCUAUGAGCGCAUCAUGAAGGGGGUUGGAGGGAGACCCCACUGGGCCAAGGCACACAACUGCACUCGGAAAGACUUUGAGAAGAUGUAUCCAUCCUUUCAGAAAUUCUGUGCUCUCCGGGAAAAAUUGGACCCCACUGGAAUGUUCCUGAAUGCAUCCUUGGAGAAAGUGUUUUUCUGAGAAAAGAUUUUAAAAAUCUUAAAAAAAAAAAAAAAAAAAGCAAAACCUUAGCUGCUUGCUCUAAGAUACCACAAGUUUCUACUCCCACCACCUUCUACUCUACCUGGUAUAGUGCAGUACUAGAGCAAAUCUCAGAUCCACAGAAUUUCAGAUAUUAUCAGUAACAAAGCUGGUUACACUAUCUUUUACCUAAAAACCUCCAGGAUUAGAUCCAAAAGCCACCCACUUCAUUUCUGGAUUAUUCUAAUUGUUAGGAAGUUUUUCCUUCUUUUAAAUGGAAAUCUGCAUUUCUCCAGUUUCCACUCAUUGUUCAUAAUUUUGCCUUCAAGCAGAAAAGGUUUUCCAUUUUCUAUUUGAUAGUCUUUCAACCCUAAAUACUGUCUCUUCUUCUCCCUGGACUGUUAACCAUGGGAUAAGAGAUUUGGAAUUGGAAGGGACUUUAAAGGUCAUUGUAAUCUGAUUUCAUACAUCAUUUUACGGAUGAGGAAAUUGAGGUCCAAGGAGAUUAAAGUGAUUUGUCCCAGAUUAUACAGGUAAUAUGUUGCAGAACCAGAAUUGGAACAAAGGUUUUUCAUUCUAAAUUCAAUGUUCUUCCACUACAACUGCCUCCCAUCCCCCAUUUCUUCAAAUGACCUUUCUAUGGCAUGAACUUCAGUUCCUUCACCAAUCAGGUUACUUAUCAACAUCUUUUCCUAAAAUAUGGAACCCCAAAGCCUAACAUAAGAGGAUCAUUAUCCUGAUUAUAAUGCCCCCAAAAA